AUGGGAGUACCCGAAACUAAACCACCUGAUCCUCAUAAUUUUCUUGGUAAACAUACAGGAAGGCCUUGUUAUAGUGUUAAGAUUAUCGAAAAAGAACCAACGCCAACGUGUAGACGGAAAAUUGAUGUACCAAAAAGAUCAGAGUGUUCGAAAAAUUUUAAACCAUCACGUCCUCGAACAAAUUUUGUAAUAGAAAAUGUAGAAACAGUUGGCAAAAUGAAACCGAAAGAGCCAAUACCUACAGUAGUCACGGAUCGAUACGGUACAAAGAAAACCCUAAAAUCCGGUCUGGUACCCGUUUACAUCAAAAUUAAAACGUUUGGAAAGGUUCCAUCAUAUUUAAAAAAAAUUAUAGAUCUGAAAGAGAAGAAAUGCCAUGUGAAUUCAACUACCAAUGGAGUAGAGCAAAUUUUGUAUACGAAUAUCACAAGUGAUCAACGGGAAGCUUUACUUGAAGGUCUAAAACAAAACUGGAAAGAGCUUCAGCAACAAUAUCAAUGCCUUCCAUUAUUAACUGAUACCAUACCAAAACUUCAAAGAAAAUCAAAAAUAGAAGCCGAUCUAAAGCAGCUGGAAGAAGAUAUAGUUUUCUUGGAAAAACAUCCUCAUAUCUACGUUUACGAGGAUAACAAAAUUUAAUAACCAAUUCGCUGAAAAUGACAUCAAAAAGUAACAACUUUCAACAAUAAUAACAAAUUUGAUAUUAAUAACUUUUUACAUGUCACAAUCUAGUAUGAAAUAUUAGUUAUCAUCACAGCAGUUCGUUGAGGUAUUUUCAGGUUAACAAUAGAAAUGUGUUGAAUGUUUAUUAGUGGCUCCCUUUACAUUUGAUUCCAGGACUACUUAUAAAUGUGUAAAGCUUGUCGUUGGUUUUUCUUCCUAAUGUUUGUACACUAAUUUAGAUCUACUACAUUUGUAUGUUUUUUCAUUUCAUAUUCUUUCACUUUAGGAAGUUAUAAUUUUUUUCAAAUAUGAGGGAACUUUUCCAAAUAUUCUAAUUUUGAUUACUUUUUCUUCAUUUUCCCAAUAUUUUCAUAAUUUCCUAUCAUUAUAAUAGAUAAAUUAUGUGAUAAAUCAAAAUAAA